AUGUCUGGCAGAGGUAAAGGCGGAAAGGGACUCGGGAAAGGCGGCGCUAAGCGGCACAGGAAGGUCCUGCGUGACAACAUCCAGGGCAUUACCAAGCCUGCAAUCCGCCGCCUGGCUCGCAGGGGAGGAGUGAAACGUAUCUCCGGCCUCAUCUACGAAGAGACUCGCGGGGUGCUGAAGGUCUUCCUGGAGAAUGUUAUCCGAGACGCCGUCACCUACACCGAGCAUGCCAAGAGGAAGACUGUGACCGCCAUGGACGUAGUCUAUGCCCUUAAACGCCAGGGCCGCACUCUCUAUGGCUUCGGAGUCGGCAGAGUCCAUCGUCUGCUGAGGAAGGGGAAUUAUGCAGAGCGGGUGGGAGCCGGUGCCCCCGUCUAUCUGGCUGCAGUGCUGGAGUACCUGACCGCUGAGAUCCUGGAGCUGGCAGGCAAUGCCGCCAGAGAUAACAAGAAAACCCGCAUCAUUCCCCGCCAUCUCCAGCUUGCUGUCCGUAACGACGAAGAGCUCAACAAACUGCUGGGAGGAGUGACUAUCGCACAGGGAGGUGUCCUGCUCAACAUCCAGGCUGUGCUGCUGCCCAAGAAAACCGAGAGCCACAAGUCAAAGAGCAAGUAAAUCAUCAAACACAGAUUCUUC